AUGACAGUCUGGUCAUUGUGGAAGGAGUCUCCAUGGCCGGCUAAGCGAAUUUUAAAUCCGACCACCGUCAUCCGUGGCCGUCUUGUGCGUUUCGUGCCAGUAACCUCCAACCUCCUCUCCAGAAUUGCCUUGUCGUACUGUCGCAAUACAACAGAUUUUGAAAGGAGUCAGGGUGAAAACUUCCAUCCGGUGUGUUUUAAGUGGCGUUAUCGUCAAGCAGAGGGUAUUCGUUCAUCCCGCGUCGAAAUCCCGCAGUAA